CCAGCAUCAACCUUGCCGUCUUCUUUGCGUUGCCGUUUAUGGUUGUUCGGCUACUGGGCCUGGGUUGAGCGCCUGCCAAAUCCAUCCUACUCCAAGAUGGGAUUCGUGAGCCAGGCAAGGCGGUGUUCAGUUUGCAUCAAGCCGUCGCUGCAAAUCAGGCUGGGUGCUUGUAUAUUAGUCCUUAUUACAGUGGUAGGUAUAUCACAAGUUAUGGAAGAUCAAAUUUCACAGUCUCUGCAGAAACGUUUACGCACGUCGACCGCACACUAUGACCAGAAUAUGCGGAUCUGGCUCUGCUACAUCCAUUCCCGUCGCUUAUGAUUCAAAUUUUGGAUACAUAGGUAGUAAGCGGUUGUAUAAAAACGCAGGCAAAGAGCAGCCUUUUGUCAAGAUUGUUGGGUAUUAAAAUAGGACAGCGUAUUCCAGUUUCCUUUCAGCAGCAGAGGCCAUGGCACCUAGUGAAAUCGGCUGCCACUCAGCGAUGAUCGCCCGUCAAGUGCUGAAGGAACUUGCAGAUCUUCCCUACAACAGCUCGCAGCAACCUGGGGAAGAACUUCCCAAGCCAGUCCACCCCAAUGUGGAUGCCGCUCCGACUCCCAUCCGUCUUUCGAGGCUUGCGGGUAUGGAUUCUCUUGCGCCGGCCUCCUGGGAUGGAGAGUUGGUAAGCAACGAUGUCGAUUAUCCGGCGAAUAAAGGUGCCAAACUUGACUCUGCAAAUGACGCAGAUCUGGAGACUAAAAGACGAUUCUCUACCGGUCACGCACUAGAGAUUUUCGUAAAGGCGGAGAAGCGAAUUCAAGCCAAGAUCGAGGAAUUGAUGGGAAAGCUCUGACACCUUGACUCAGAAAAGACCAUAGUUAGUCGUCUCAA